UUUUAUAAUUCUGUAUGAAACCACUAUGAUAAUUUUGAAAGAAAGAUAAUUAACGAAUUUUUACGGGACUUUCACAGAAGGAGACUUUCACGGAGAUAAUGGCGAACAGAAUAAUAUACCUACGCAUUUUAGGUUACAUAUUAACCAUAGCAAUGCAUGUUGGCAACCUGACCUAUCUCCGUAUGACUAUGAAACCCGAGCAGUUAAAGGAUCCUCAGCUGAUAAGUUUCAGAAGGUUACAGCCAAGAUAUUUUACUGUUUGGACAUUUGUUCUACAUAUAGUCCACGCGUGGGUUGGUAUCGUCUGCGAUUAUCUGAUACUAUACAACUCAAAGACCAAACAUUACAAACUGCCAAAGCAUCUCAAAGGGUUCAAGGAUACGUUGUUCAGUGCUAUACUGUGGCCUUCUACUUGGGUGGUAUUCUCAGUUUUCUGGACCCUAUUCCUCUAUGACCGGAACCUGAUAUAUCCAGACUUUCUAGACAAGAUACUCACGAGCACAUCAAAUCAUAUAAUGCACACAGCGAUUGUUCCGGUUGUCCUUUGGGAGGUAUGCUUCCGACCGAGAGUGCAACCUAGGUCCCAUAAGCGGAAUAUAUUCCACUUGGCAUUCCACUUGCUAUUAUAUUUUGCUGUGCUAACCUACACAUACAUAGAGCAAAACAUAUGGAUUUAUCCCAUAUUCGGGGUCUUCUAUGGCACUAUAUAUUUCCCGUUGUUACCUAUAACCGUUGGAGUUAUUGCGUUUACAUUUUACUUUUUGCAAUGGACAUUAAAUAAUUAUAUAUGGUCAAGUGUAACUAAAAUAAAGAAAGUUAGAUAAAAUUAUAUUGGUUGCCAGCUAUAUCUGUAAAGAAAUCUUCAACAUCUGUAUACUGUUUAAGUAAGUAAGUCAUAAACAAAUUAGCAAUCGGAUCCGCUGUUAUGUUAAUAAUAUAAACUUUUUUCGCAAUUUGUUUGUCGAAAGACAAGCGUUAAAUAAAAAAAAAUAUCGAAGGUCGUCACCAACGAUUAGUUUUUACUAAAAUAUGAAUCUGUCUGACAAUGUCUCACCAUAGGUACGAAACCCUCACAUAGUUGAAAUCCACACAUUUCUUCUUCCAGUAGGCCUAUCUACAGUGUAAAGAAAUGUAUUAAAAUAAAAUACCACUCACUCCGUAACUUUACGAUUAGAAAAAAAACAGACUUUAAGUAUUAAUGUGGUCGACAAAACGCAACUUUCAAAUCCAAAAAAUCUGACCAAGAGGAUUGAGGGUUCCUUAACGUGGAAGGAAAUGUUAAAAUGAAUACAAUAAACCAGCGAGGGAAGCGAAGCAUUUCGAAUUUUACAACCAAUCUGGAUGAUUUGGUACGCAGGUUUUACAACGUCAUAGAUUUUUUGUCGGGUAUUUUUGAUUGGAGGGAUUAUUAGAUCCGAUUGUGAUUUAAGAAGGUUUAGUUUGGGUUCAUUAAACUUUGGUGAGGAUCAGAAUAGCUCCCAAAAUACAGUUAAUUGCUCAAUUUUUUUAUUUCUACCUGUGGAUGGGACCCUAUUGUUGGAAAAAUAUUUUCGCGAGGUCUAUUUAGUAUGUUAAUCAAAAUUAAAGAUGGGUAAUUACAUAUUUUUUAUUUUUAAACUUUUUAUUUUAAUUGUUUUGGACGGCAUAAACAAAAAAUUGAUUAAGGUGCGACUACUCUACUCUACUACUCUACGGGUUGGAGGGCUCUACGUUACUAAUUUAACCAUUUCUAAUAAAACUAUAUUAGCGGUAUCGUAUUAUGUAGGAUUCUGUGAAUUAUUAUUUGUUUUUAAAAAGUGUGUA